CACUUCUGCUAUCUUGUGUGUGUGGGGCAAGUUAACAAACAAGUGCUUUCACAGAGAUUUGACUCUGAUAUCUUUUAUAUCUUUCAGACAGUUGUCACUGGCUAACGAUGCCUUCCACACAUGACUGGAUUAACAACCCGCUGGGUGUUAUUGAAGGGAUGUUUGCUGCCUCCCAGAACAAUCCGAACUCCGGAUGGGAGGCAAAAGCGGUUGAAUUCUUCAAAGAUCAGCUUAAAGAGAAGGAUGCUCAUACCUGGGUCCCAUCUUUGAAUGACGUCCCUCUGCACUACCUGAAACCCAACAGCCUGGUGAAGUUUCGUUGUUUAAUCCAAGACAUGUACGAUCCGGAGUUCUACAUGGGAGUGUAUGAGACUGUUGAUUCGUCUACAAAGGCUCAAGUGCUGCGAUGUGGGAAGUACAAAGAUGUGACAGAAUGUGGGGUGGAUUUUAACUCCAGAAACACAGUGACUGCAGAGAGACAGACUUUCUACUGUGUGCCGAUCCCUGGAGAAAACCCCUGGGUGAAAGACUGCUAUGCCGGCUCCAGCCAAGCAAGAGUGGUUCCUUCCACCUCGUAUGUGCCGAGCAGACAGAAACGAAGCUACGAGGAAGACGACGACAUGGACGACAUGGACACGCAGCCACAGAAACAGAGGGAGCCACAUACUGGUCCUCAUAGUCCUGCAGAACAGCACGGCAACGGCGACUGUAAGCGACUGGAGACAGAGGCUCCGUCCAACCAGAUGGCGUCUGCCUCUCAUCUCGACCUCAACUUCCCCCUGCCAGGAGAGAAAGGUCCCUCCUGUUUAGUGAAGGUGUACGAGGACUGGGACAGCUUCAAACUGAAUGACACACUAGAGGUCUACGGGAUCCUCUCUGUCAGUCCAGCUCUCAGUGCUCUGGCCGACGAGAAAGACGCCUCCUCAUCCCUCCUGGACCCUACAGAGUGCAUGGAGACGGCAGAGGAGCAGAGAGUGCACUGCCCGCCAGCCUCGCUCGUCCCACGCCUCCACAUGCUCUACGCCAAGCCACUGCCACACAACAACCCCCUGCUGCCUUCCACCACCUUGGAGGACAACAGUGCCUUUUUAUCUUCAACCCUGAGCGAGAUGGCCUCUGUCAGGGCAGAGCUACUCACAUACUUCACUCAUGUCCUUCUGGGAGAUGCCCUGGCUGCUGAGUACCUCAUUCUGCAUCUCAUUUCCAACGUGUACACAAGACGAGAUGUUCUCCCACUGGGCAAGUUCACCCUGAACCUGAGUGGCUGUCCUACUGUCGCCUCCUACACUGAGCGUCUCUAUCAGAUCAUCCAGCAGCUUGUUCCUUCUUCGUACUAUCUGGGCAUGAGCCUCCAGAACAUGAACCAGAUGCGGUUGGUGCCUAAGAAGGACUAUGUGGCCAACAGGCUAGUGAGCGGAGCCCUGCAGCUGGCGAGAAACACUUCCCUCUACCUGGAUGAAACCCAGUUGGAGCAGGGACAGCUGGACACAACAGGUGUGCGUAACGUCACGGCCCUGGGGAACCUGAUCUCGUGGCAGAAGGUUGAUUAUGACUUUAACUACCAUCAGAUGGAAUUCCCCUGCAAUAUUAACGUGCUGAUCGUGUCAGAGGGCCGCUCGCUGCUGCCGUCAGACUGUCAGAUACACCUACAGUCUCUGGUUGCCCCGUCCCACAUGGAGGAGUAUCUCAGCAGCAUCCACAUGCAUCCACAGACCUCAUCACAGCUGAACAAGCUCAGAAUCUACCUGAGCGCGGCUCGGCUGCUGGACUACAGUAUCUCUGACGAAGUCACAAAGUCUGUUGAGGAUGACUUUGUAGACAUGAGGAAGGACGACCCCCAGAGCAUGUCUGCUGAGGACCUCCACAGGAUGCUCGUCGUGGCAAGGUUGUUGUCUCUGAGCCUGGGACAGACCUCUCUGUCCAGAGACAGCUGGCUGAGAGCCAAACACAUCGAGGCGCUGCGGAGGAGCCGGAUGGAGCAGCACAAAUGUGUCAACGGUAACGAGCCGUGAUCACGCAAGACAAAUGAGAUGGCUUUUGUUUUUCUUUUUGAUACCUACAAAAAAAAGUUUGUAAUAAAGAUGUUUUUCAUAUGCUAUGUAGUUCAUGUUGCGUUCAGCCCCCCGCCCCGCCCCGCCCCAUACUGAGUUGGAUAUAAGAUUUAGAUAUAUUUAUAUGAGUGUCGCUACAGACAAAAAUUUCUAUGUUUACUGAAAAGAUGUUUUUUUAUUUACCACAAAUACAUAAAUAAAGUGAUGAGGCAUGGAG